CUUGUAUAUUUGUUGUUGAUGAAGGAGACAAAAUGGAAGCUGUAUGGACACGAGAAAAUAUACGCUCAUUGCAAAAUUUACUUAGGGAUCCUGAGUUGGAAUAUAAUAGUGAUCAGGAUGACGUAAUAACUCCAAUGUCUAAAAUGGAACCAGGUGAUAUUGGUCCCAAACGUAAUUCUGAAGUCAAGAAAGAAAAGCCUAAUGUGAGACAAAAAAAUCCUGAUGAUAUAUGGGAUAUUGAUGAAAUACCAGAAGGUACACAGCAUGAAGAUAUAUAUGAUCCGCGUCCUCAACCUAAAUAUGAAAUAGUAUAUCAGCAAGCAGUAACAGCUGAAGAUGUCUAUUUACAACUUGGUAGAAAAAAUCCAACAACAGCUUGUUGUGAAUACAUGAUUGUCAAAGUAAUACUUCCAGAUACACGACUAUCUGAUAUUGUUCUAGACGUCAAAGAAACGUUUCUUGAUCUGAGAGCACCUAAGUAUAAGCUUGUAUUAUAUUUGCCAAAUCCUGUUGAACCAGAUUCAAGUAAAGCAACUUGGAAUGAAAAUAAAGAAACAUUAGAAAUAACAAUGAAGAAUAAAAGAGAAUAUGAUUUUAUAAAUGAAUAAAUAAACGUUACCCUAUAGUCAUAUAUUUACCUGUACUACCCAAUUGACGUCUUGUACAAGAAGUUCAUCGUUAUUUUACUGUGAAGAUUUUAAAGUUACAAUUAACUGAAAUAAAACAGGGUUUCUAUGUCUUUGUUAAAGUUUAUCUUGACAAUAAAAUGCUUGAUUAAA